AUGGAUAACUCCAAAGGCGGUGUUACUAUGAUUUCUUCUUGUGUGUUGUCUAUGAAUACUGGAAGCCCUAUCGAAAAUGAGUCUGAAUACAGGAGUAUAGUGGGUGCACUACAAUAUAUUGUGAUCACUAGGCCCGAGAUUGCGUUUGCUGCAAACAGGGCCACGAUUGAUCAUGGAGUUUGUUUCACUGCUGCCCCUCAACUUUCUCUUACGAGUUACUCGGAUGCCAGCUGGGGUGAUGAUCUUGAUGAUAGGCAGUCCACAUCAGGGUUUUGUAUUUUUCUUGGAGGGAACCCGGUCUCAUGGGGUUUUAAGAAACAACAAGCGGUGUCUCGUUCUUCUGUAGAAGCAGAAUACAAAAGCCUUGCUCAUGCUACAACAGAGGCAUCUGGUUAG